AUGUUGUUGGCUUUAUUCAUUAUUAUUACUAUUAUUCCUGCAAUUACAGCGCGAGACGAUGAAGCGAACGUUUCCGAUUCAAGGAACGUCAAUGAAGAUGGAAAUGCUGAAGGAACAAAGUCAGUUUUAGGGGAUUUCCGGGGAACUACAUUAGUGCUUGGAGAAUCGAAAGGCCAAAAAGGAAAAGAAAAACUAAAAGGAGAGAAGAAAAAACCAAUGGACAAUGAGAAGGAAAAAGAAAAAUUGAAAAAAAAAGAUGAAGGAAAGGAAAGAAAAGACGUAGAAAAGAAGCGAAAGGAAGAGGAAGCAAAAAAACAAAAGAAGGAAAAAGAAAAGGAACAAAAAGAAAAAGAAAAGAAGCGAAAGGAAGAGGAAGAAAAGAAACGAGAGGAAGAAAAGAAACGAGAGGAAGAAAAAAAACGAGAGGAAGAAAAGAAGCGAAAAGAAGAAGAAAAAAAACGAAAGAAGGAGAAAGAAAAGAAACGAAAGAAGGAUAAAGAAAAGAAACAAAAAGAAGAAAAGAAGCGAAAGGAAGAAGAAAAGAAACGAAAGGAAGAGGAAGAAAAGAAACGAAAGGAAGAAGAAAUGAAACAAAAGGAAGAAGAAGAAAGGAAACAAAAUGAAGAAGAAGAAGAAAGGAAACAAAACGAAGAAGAAGAAGAAAGGGAACGAAAAGAAGAGGAAGAAAGGAAGCGACUGGAAGAAGAAAAUAGGCGAAAUGAAAUCAUGAAAAAGUUAUGCGAACCAGAUCCACCAGUUUGCGCUCAAUUGACGGAUUAUUGUGGAGAUAGGCGCGUUUCGGAAAUCUGCAAGAAAAUGUGCAUUUGCGAUAAAAUUUUCUCAAAUCCCAAACCCGUUGGUAAUGCGUUAACUCAUGAAAAAUGCGAAGAUAAACGACGAGAAUGUGAUCGUAUGAAACUUUAUGGAAAAUGUGGGCCACCGUAUGAAUCGUAUACGAAAAAAUAUUGCCGACUAAGUUGUAGAUUUUGUUAG